AUGUUCCUCCAGCGCUCCGCCUUCGCCGUCGCCAGGCGCGCCGUCAUCCGCCCCGCCGUCGCCCGCACCUUCACCUCUUCGAUCGUCCGCCGCGAUGCCAGCACUCCCCAGGAUGGCAAGCAGAUGAAGAAGUUCGAGGAGAUCCAGACGGAGGCCGACCUUCUUCCCCCGGGUGCCGCCCCCGGUACCGUCCCUACCGACCUCGAGCAGGCCACCGGUCUCGAGCGUCUGGAGAUUCUCGGCAAGGUCCAGGGCGUUGACAUCUUCGACAUGAAGCCUCUGGACUCCUCCCGCAAGGGUACUCUCGACAACCCGAUCCUCGUCAGGUCCUUCGGCGAGGAACAGUACGCUGGUUGCACUGGCGUCCCUGCCGACUCCCACGUCGUCAAGUGGCUUACCAUGUCCCGUGACCGCCCGAUCGAGCGCUGCCCCGAGUGCGGCAACGUCCUGAAGAUGGAAUACGUUGGCCCCACCGAUGACGGUCACCACCACGACCACCACCACGACGAUGGCCACCACUACGAGGGCGAGCCCAAGACCAUGGCCGACUUCGUCCGCCCCGAGUACCGGUAA